GGAAGUCGCCCUUUCGCCCGCCGGGGCCGCGCGCGGAGCUUGUCGGGAGGCCUGGCAGCCUUGGCAGCAGCGUGGGCCGCAGCGUUGUUGGCAGUGUUGGGUCCUGCGGCACCUCCUUCGGCGUCUUUGCAUGACGGGGGGGGGAGUCGAGGCCCGGGCAUGGCGGCCUCGGUGGAUUUUAAAACUUACGUGGAACAGGCGUGUAGAGCUGCAGAAGAAUUCGCCAAUAUUUACUACGAAACAAUGGACAAGAGGAGAAGGGUAUUGACGAGGCUCUACCUGGACAAAGCGACGUUGGUGUGGAAUGGGAAUGCCAUUUCAGGCCAAGAGGCCCUGAGUGAGUUUUUUGAAAUGCUGCCGUCCAGCGAAUUCCAGAUCAAUACAUUAGACUGCCAGCCAGUUCACGAGCAAGCCACACAGAGCCAGACGACUGUUCUCGUAGUGACCAGCGGGACGGUGAAGUUCGACGGCAACAAACAACGUCACUUCAAUCAGAACUUCCUAUUGACAGCCCAAGUCACCCCCACCAACACAGUGUGGAAGAUUGCAAGUGACUGCUUCCGCUUCCAAGACUGGGCCAGUUAGUGGAAGUUGAAAGCCCCGUCUCCUUUGUUUUUUUCCUGUUUUUUUCUUUUUUUCAAUUUUAGGUUCUGAGAGCCAGCAGUCUAAAGACAUUCUGACUAAAAUGUACAGAAAUCCAUUACAUUUACUUUUGUAGAACCACUUUAAGGCCAGAUCAUGUAAACCUUGAAGCCUUUAGUUACUCUUGGAAGUGGGUUUCCCCCAUCAUCACCUUCUCUAAGCUAGCUUGAGCACACAGGCUCCUUUCGUGGAAACUGAAGCGUGGAGCCUGGCAGCUUGAUAAACCGAUGACACUUUUACCCGGACAGACCCGCCCCACCUCAGCUCAGACAUCCGAUGCCUUUCUGGUACCACAGGGACCGUUUCCUUAGGCAACCGGAACACCCCGAGAGAAGUUCUUCACCGGGCAAGAUGCGUGAAGCCAGGGCAACAUGCCUUCCUUCCAGUCAAAGGGAUAUCACCGGGUCACCUGGACCAGAGACGAAAAGUGCCACGUAUUUUAACCCGAAGCCGAGUUCGCACCCGCCUCAUUUAGUACGACCUGGAAGGGCGUCGAAAGAUGUGCGAGUCCCAAUGGUGGUUUUAUUUGUUUGGGCUUUGUUUGUAUUCACUCAUUAAUUAUUGCUGCUUAUUGCUCCAUAUUACCUAAAUCAAAUAGGUCUUCAAAAGGAGACAGUCCUAUAUUAGCUCCUCGACUAUGUAAUAGGGGAAAAAGUAGCUUUGUUGUUUUUUUUUCUUUUCCCAAGUCCUUGUCCCAGUCUCCAAGUGGGUCUCAUGUGUUCCAGAAUGAGUUACCGGCUGCUUGCCUGCCUGCCGGCAAGGUUCCAAAAAAGACUGGGGGAGAGGAGAGGAAUGGGCAUAAUGAGAGGUUCCAGAGUUAAGGACCAAGCGAGAGCGGCUUAUAAAACUGAUGAUGAUGCUUGCUUCUGCCUCGUAGAGAAAUUCAGUACUGGAGAAUUUAAGUCUGGGAGGUAGCUAACUACAUUUGAUUACCGUCUGAUGUAAACCUUCUCUCGGAGAAGCGUUGCGACACCCGAUGGGCCAUGUAAGCCUCUUAGGUGGCUACUCGUGAUCCUAGUUUGAAUCUGGGGCCUAGUUUGAAACUGCUUAUUUUGACAAAGGAAUAGAAUGCCAGAAAAUCAAAGCAGAUGUUUGGGAAGCAUCCCUUUGGUUGCCUUCUGACUGUAUUGACCCUUUUUUCCAAAGUGGUUCUUUACACCAAACAUCCAUUGUUUUUUUGGCCUGUUUUACAGCUAUUGUUUGCUUAAAAAAAAAAAUCCUUCAAAAUUGUGUCCGUAUAAAUCGUUCCGUUUCAAACCGGUAUGUCGGUUCUGCUCACCUUAUAGGAAAUGCUCGGAAACAACUGUCUUCUAAUAAGCUCACCGCUUCCACUAUUUAGUAGACUGUGAAAUGGUGGAGAAUGGCAACCUUUAGAUCUGAAAGAGCAGAGUGAUCGAUUUGACCGGAACACUGGUUGCCUCUUCCCCCUCUUUUCCUCCUGCCUUUUUUCCAUACCUGAACGUUUUCAGAGGUAAAGCCAGCCUCUCUCGAUUCAUCACAGCACCUCGGGGAGCUAUGUAAAAUAGCCUCUUCCCUUGACUACUUUGCUCGGCUUACAAGAAAGCUUUCUUCACAUUCUAUAAGCUAUUUCAGGAGGAAAAUGGCUGCUAUUUGGAUGGCAGGUUUCUGCAACUCAUAAGAGGCCUGUGAUCACGUGUGCUUCGGUCAUCUGGCUGGCAGUUCAGGCACUCAAUUCUGCACGGGUUCUUUCUAUACCCGUCUUGGGGCUGGCAUUUUAUUUUUAAAGGCUACAGGCCGUCAAAGCAGCAGCAGUUAACACACCUAAACACUACUUCCCCUAGUUGAAAAAGGCCACAGAUUCAAAGAAAUCCGGCAGGUAGAAAUGCCUCGAGUCAAAGUGGGGUAACCGAAGACUGCAGUGAAAAAUAGGGCAGGGAAAUGGUAUUUCUCUAGGGCUUUUUUGUAAAGAUUUGUUUUCCAUGAGACAUACCUGGUAUAAUUUUUAUAUUUAAGAAUACAGAAACUCACUGUUUUGGGAAAGCCAAAGUCAAUGUGAAAGAACCUAGUUUCUGCUUUAUGUGAAUGAACUGAACCAUCUCUUGAAUGCACCUUUUUAAAAGAUGCUUUAGGGUGUUUUUAUUUUUUAAGGCGGAUCAGAUUGAGACUUUUUUUGUAUUGCAAAAACCUUUCAGGAUAUUAAAGUGCUGAAAAUGA